AUGUAUGGGCGUCGUUCGAGCGGCGUCCACGACACAGCGAGACUCAAGUCAGGCCGGGGAGAUGCCCAACACCGAGCAACGACAAAAUCAGACCAGCGCUGCAGUCCCUCCCCUCCGUAUCUGCAGGUGUUCGAUUGCGGUCGUACUGUGGGCAAUGCCCAUGCACGGAUCCGUCUGGGCGGCUCGCUGGUUGGCUGUGGUAUCUCAAGAUGCAAGAAGCUGGUCACAAAUGUGCUGCGACACAACACAGCAGGACAAGGCAGCAAGCGUGAUGGGAGAGGAAAGCGGUGGCGAUGUGUGAUGUUGGAGACAGAGGGCGAGUCGGUGAGAGGCGAGGGGAAAAGGACGGUUCCGACUGCGGAAAUUGUCGUACAGGGCAAGGAUGUUUGUCGCUUCGCAAGAGAGGUUGGGGAGGCAGGCGGUUGCACAAGACGGUAG